AUGGCUGCUAUGUUAGGCUACAAGUUCAUGUGCUAUGUUGCCAGCCGUCACGCCGGCUCCCAUUCCGAAGGCCAGAGAUACAACAAGCAAGACCAAACAAUAAUCGACACUCCGUCUCAAAACAAGCGCACAACGAUGACUACCCAAGAUAACCUAUCCAGUGCACCCUCGGAAGGACUGAUGCCCAAGACUGCUGGUACAGACUCGAUGCUCGAUUCAAUCCUCUCUCAAAAUCCAUACUUUUCAGCAGGUUUUGGCUUGAUGGGAGUGGGUGUAGCAUUAUCGGGACUGAAACGAUCAACGACCCUAUUAUUCAACCUAGCACAAAGGAGACUACUAGUGACCCUCGAAAUCUCAUCCAAAGAUCGUUCAUACCUAUGGUUCCUGAAUUGGAUGUCCAAACAAAGUCGGAAGAACUCGUCUACCAAUCAACUGGCAGCUGAGACGAGUUAUCGACAACUUUCUGAUGGGACUCACCAGGUCGACUUUGCGCUCGUACCUGGUCCUGGAAAUCAUUUCUUCAAAUUCCAAAGGGCUUGGUUUCAAGUAAAACGAGAACGAGAUGGAAAGUUGAUCGAUCUGAACUCAGGCACACCAUGGGAAACGUUAAAGCUGACGACAUUAUCCAGAGAUCGAAAGUUAUUGGUCGAGCUUUUGAAAGAAGCCAAAUCGGUCUCGAUGAAAACUGAAGAAGGCAAGAUAGUGAUCUAUACCUCUUCUGGUGGUGCUGAAUGGAGACCAUUCGGUCAACCUAGGACAAAAAGACCUUUGAGUAGUGUCGUUUUGGAUCAGGGUAUCAAGGAGAACUUGGUCGCUGAUAUUAAGGAAUUCAUGGGUCGGGCGCGUUGGUAUGGUGAUCGGGGAAUCCCAUAUCGACGAGGAUAUUUAUUACACGGACCACCUGGUUCGGGGAAAUCAUCAUUCAUCUUCGCGCUUGCCGGUGAACUACAAUACCAUAUCUGUGUUCUCAAUCUAUCUGAACGAGGAUUAAGUGACGACAAACUCAAUCAUCUCUUAACCAAUGUGCCCGAACGGAGUGUAAUCCUUUUGGAGGAUGUGGAUGCUGCCUUCCUUGGUCGUGAUGGAAGAGAACAGAUGAAGAUCAACAUAACCUUUUCAGGGCUACUAAAUGCGAUCGAUGGUGUGACAUCAACGACCUCCCAAAGAUUAAUAUUCAUGACGACGAACCAUCUUCGGAAGCUAGACCCAGCCUUAAUCCGCCCAGGACGGAUCGAUCUUUCACUCCAGAUCGGCAAUGCAACUCUUCACCAGACACUCGAGUUAUUCCGAAAGUUUUACGAAGAGUCUGAGUUGGUAGAAGAGAUGGAGAAGAAGGUGGUCCAGGUUUUUAGGAACGGUGGCUCGUUUAGCAUGGCCGCUUUGCAGGGUCUCUUUAUUCGUUAUCGGGACGGCCAUGAAGCUAUUAAAGAGCUUGAUCAGAUUGUCGAAUAUCCACAAGUGCUUGCUUAGUCUUACACAAAGAUAUCAUGUCAAUAAAUACUUUUUUUCUAUUCACUGUUCCUUUCUUUAUGAUUUGAUUCUUGUGCGGGAAUUAUUUCGAUUGGAUAGGGGGCGCAUACUC